AUGGGUCUUUCACACGUGCGAGCUGCGGUGGUGCUUGCCGGCCGACCUAACGUGGGCAAGUCGGUGCUGUUCAACCGACUCGUUGGCAAGGCCUCGAGCCUGGUGGACCCUCGAGCGGGCUGUACCCGCGAUGUUCGCAGUGCCUAUGGUCGGCUUGUGGACCUGCGUUUCCGUUUAUUCGAUACACCCGGUCUUGAAUGGCUGCCAGAGCGUGUGCAACGUGGUCGCUUGCCGGCGGCAAACAGCUUGCCUAACAGCAAAGCAGCCUUUGGCGACUCUGGACCAAACCUUAUGCAACAGUUCGCCCACAGCUUGGAGUAUUCUGUCGCGUAUGAGAGCCUUUACGCCCGAGUGCUUCAGCUGACUGAACGGUUUCUUCGGACCCUGAGCUCUCGAGCUAAGGACAGGACGCUCGCGCUCUUCCUAGUGGACGCUUCCCAGGGAGUCGUCGCUGCAGAUCACCAGAUCGCGAGCCUACUUCGCAGACUAGCACUACCCACCGUUCUAGUGCUGAAUAAGUGCGACAUGCGCGCCGCAGACUCUGGCACAGUGGCUUCGUUCGCGGAGUUGGGCUUUCCCUCUAGUGUACCAAUCAGUGCCUUGCAAGGCGAAGGCUUCUCCGAUCUAUAUCACGCAAUGCAGCCUUUGGUUGAUCACAUGAACAGUGACGAGACCGUAGAGGCUUGCCGUGCAAACGCUCACAUAUGCGAUAUUCCGCGCAAACGUGAUGCAGAGUGCGCUGCCAACACACACCCUGUUCAACCUGAGCGCGAAUUUGCAUGCGGUCAUGCAGCCUCGACGUUGUCACACGACGGCACAACAUCGCAUGCGGGGCUAGUGUGGAAUACCAAUGGAGCGGCGCUGAUUGCAUCCCAAGACACCAGGCUGGCCCCGUCCGCACAGCGUCUGGCACUCGAGUCGUCACCGUCCAGCAUCGAUGAGACUACGACGUGCGCUGCUGACGCGCGUAGCGUGCACCAGACAUCGCCGCACGACCCCCAAGGGACGUUACCUGCGCGGUAUCUGACCAGCACUGAUACGGCACCGGUAUCCGGUGAUCCCAUGAUGGACGAAAUAGACAGUCCAGCGGUAGCCGCAAACAGUCAUCAGAUUCGCCUAACCAUUGUUGGUCGACCGAAUGUCGGCAAGUCGACGCUGGCGAAUGCGCUUCUUGGGUACGAGCGUUUCCUGACCGCGCCGUUUCCGGGCGUAACCCGCGAUGCCGUCACAGUGGCCAGCUCACGCUACGGAGGCUUUCUGGUUACGGAUACCGCUGGAGCGCGGCGUCGAACUGCGGUGGCCGGGAGUCGUGCAGCAGACGCAGCACCUGACCCGCUCGAAACGGGUGCCUAUGCGCAGAUGCUUACGAGUAUCGCCACGGCCACUGCUUGUGGCCUAGUACUCGAUGCAGCGGAGAUUGCUCUAGCCUUGCAGCAGUCGAAGGACCCUCGCCGUUUGCUGACUAGUAUGGAGCACAGUUUGAUCCAGGAGGCCACGGAGUUACAAGGAAAGCCGCUUCUACUCGUGCUCAACAAGACAGACCUUCUCGAAAACAAGGAGCAGCAGAGAAACGUUGAGCGAGCUAUUCGUACGAGACUACAGAGUAGCGCUCCGGAGGCGCGCCAUGCACCGAUCAUCGGCCUGAGUGCGGCGUGUCUUUCUGAAGAUGAUGCUGGGAGCCUCUUUUGCACCGUGCGUGAGCUUGUGCAUUUGUGGAGUGGCUCCUGGUCUAGAGGCGAGCUCUCUCAGUGGUUAUUUCAGGCGACGAGGCGCUAUUCGCCACCAGUGCAUGCCAAAUUUGCCUAUAUGAUACAAACUGGCAGGCGGCCUCCGGUCUUCACUAUAUUUGGGGUAGCGGAGCAUUACCUGUCGCCGGUCUAUCGAAGAACGCUUUUGAAUGCGCUCAAGCUCGAUUUCGGGCUGCAGAAAGUCCCCGUCAAACUUUGCUUUCGAAGUCACUAA